UAUCAACGUCGAUGAAGUAAAGCGAUAACCUAUCGUGAUAACCAGCGAUAACCGGUGUAGAAUUUUUAGCUUUACGUUUCACUGCCGUGGAACCUUUCCCUUUCUGUCAUUCUUUUAAUAUCGGGAUCCAAGGUAUAUCUUGAAAGAGACAUGAUGCAAGCUGGUCUCUGGAACUUAGUGACUACCUCCAUCAGGCCAACAUGCAUAAAGCGUGUUCUCCCAGGCAUGACAGCUGCCCAACAGCGCAGGUAUGCGAGUACAAUCGAUGCAGAUGUUGUGGUGAUCGGAGCUGGUCCUGGUGGAUAUGUAGCAGCGAUUAAAGCUGCACAAUUAGGCAUGAAGACGGUAUGCGUAGAAAAAGGUCCUACUCUAGGAGGCACGUGUCUUAAUGUUGGUUGCAUUCCGUCAAAAUCCCUUCUAAACAAUUCACAUUAUUAUCAUAUGGCGCACAGUGGAGAUUUAGCAAACCGUGGAGUUGUUGUAUCAGAUGUUCAACUCAAUCUUAGCAAACUCAUGGAACAGAAAUCAAAUGUAGUCAAGGCCUUGACCGGUGGUAUAGCAGGCCUAUUUAAGAAAAAUAAAAUCGAAUGGGUCAAUGGCCAUGGAAAGAUUACUGGCAAGAAUCAAGUCACUGCCUUAAAAUCUGACGGAUCAGUAGAAUCGACGAUCAAUACUAAGAAUAUUCUGAUAGCGACCGGUAGCGAAGUUACGCCUUUUUCCGGUAUCGAAAUCGACGAGAAACAAAUCGUGUCCUCGACGGGCGCGUUGUCGCUUAGCGAAGUUCCCAAGAGACUCAUUGUCAUCGGGGCUGGAGUUAUUGGACUGGAAUUGGGCUCGGUCUGGCAAAGAUUGGGUUCCGACGUUACAGCCGUUGAGUUUAUGCCAACCAUUGGAGGCAUGGGUAUCGACGGAGAGGUCAGUAAAACGAUGCAGAAGGUUCUCGCUAAGCAGGGUCUGAAGUUCAAACUGGGAACCAAGGUCAUGGCCGCUAAAAAAAGUGGCAGUGAAAUCAUCGUUUCCGUCGAGGACGCGAAGGAUUCCAGUAAAAAAGAGGACAUACCUUGCGACGUGUUGCUAGUGUGCGUAGGCAGGAGACCGUAUACGCAGAAUCUUGGUCUAGAGGAUAUGGGUAUCGAGAGAGACGAAAAAGGAAGAAUACCUGUAAACAACCGAUUUCAGACGGUAGUACCUAAUAUCUAUGCUAUUGGAGAUUGCAUUCAUGGACCAAUGCUGGCUCAUAAGGCCGAGGAUGAGGGGAUAAUCACAGUGGAGGGUAUCGCCGGAGGUGCGGUUCACAUUGACUACAAUUGCGUACCUAGUGUAAUAUACACGCAUCCGGAAGUGGGUUGGGUCGGCAAAACGGAGGAAGAUCUGAAGAAAGAGGGUAUCGACUACAAGGUCGGCAAGUUUCCAUUCAUGGCAAACUCACGGGCGAAGACGAAUCUGGACACAGACGGUUUUGCCAAAGUACUCGCUGACAACAAUACGGAUAAGAUCCUGGGUGUACAUAUGAUCGGGCCAAGCGCGGGCGAGCUCAUCAACGAGGCGGUUCUCGCAAUGGAAUAUGGCGCCAGUGCGGAAGACGUUGCCCGCGUAUGCCACGCACAUCCGACAUGUGCCGAGGCACUCAGAGAGGCUCAUUUGGCAGCUUACUUUGGCAAACCCAUCAAUUUUUAAGUUAUUAUGGAGGAUAAAUAACUCAUCACACUUAUUAGUCCAUAUUUUCACUGUGCGCUUAGCGCUAAACGUGACUGUCCUGUUAACUUUACUGGAAUAUUACAUGGUCAGACACGCUUAAGGUCCACAUUGGAUGUGCCAUGGGAAUGUGUGGUCUCUCCUGACGUCUCUCAUCGUAGCCUUAAUCUAGUCUACGUGUCAACGACAUACAUUGGGCGCAUUGUCGCUUAAUCGCAUAAGGGAUUGUAAAUAAAAGUUUGAAACUAUCAUAUGCAGAGGUAAUCGUCAAUUUACCCCUGCCAGGUGAUUACUGUAUUUAUUAUGAAUAAACAAAAGCUGCGACAUUAUAAUUGGA